AUUUGUUCUUUUAUUUCAGCGAAACGCUUGUCAAAUGUCAUGAUGUUGGACGUCCUGCUGCUCUUUUCCAGCAUCUGUACAGCUGUUGUUGGUGGAGCUUCACAGACAAUUACUGGAUACAGAGGAGAGAGAGUUGACAUCAGAUGCUCAUAUAAAUCUGAAUAUGAAUCAAAUUCAAAGUAUUUUUGUAAAGGGAAGUGUAUCUAUGGAUCUAGAAUCAUCAUGGUUAAAUCAGGAUCUCCAGCUAAAGACGAGAGAUUCUCUCUGACUGACGACACGACGGCCAGAGUUUUCACCGUCACCAUCACUGAUCUGAGAACAGAGGAUGAAGGCCAAUACUGGUGUGGUGUGGAGAGGAGUUUUACUGAUGUCUAUUCAGAGAUUGUGUUGCUGGUUAUGUUGGGUAAUGAGACCACUGAGGUUUCAACCAUCAGCACUUCUUCAAAAACACCGUCAUCUUUCAGUACAACAGAACUGAGUCCACAAUCAGCGACUCAUCACACAGAAACUGAAACAACAACAGGAAAUACUACAGUUCAACUCCAUCAGACAAACACUAAUCUGGCUUCUGUUGCUGGCGGUCUGGGUUCGGUUCUGCUGGUUCUGACUCUGUGUUCUGGAACCUUCAUCAUCCUGAAGAAGAGGAAGAGGAAAUCUGGGACAGCUUUAUUUCAGCAAAACAUGCAGCGCGAUACAGAGACUGGCCGCACGUAUGAAGAGAUUCCAAACACAGUCGUCACCGUGGUAACGUCUUCAUCCAAUCAGACGCCUGCAUCUUCAUCCAAUCAGACGCCUGCAUCACACCACAACAACUGUACAGAAGUCUCUACUGUUUACGCCACAGUAACCAAUCAGCAGCCAGAUUCAAACCCCAGUCACACCCACUCGACCAAUCAGGUGACAGAGACAGCCGGUGAUUAUUAUGCCAAUAUAAAGUCUCCUGAAGCAACACAGGACAGCGGGACAGAACUGAUCUACGUAACAGCAACACAUCCACAAAACAUCACAACGCAUCCGCAUAACGUCACAACACACGAGGGUCCGAUAUAUUCAGUGAUCAACCAUAAAUGAAAAAGAGUCUAAAAAUUUGGUAAAAUCUACAUUGCUUUAUUUAUUCAAUCUUUUGUCACA